CUGCUCAGGGCUCAGGGCUCAGGGCUCCAGCAGCCUCCCGGGACCGGACCGAGGCUGGGGAGCCUGGAGGGGUCGGAGGCCAAGCUCAGGCCCAGGCCAGGCUGGGCGGGAAGAUGGCUGGUGGGGGCAGCGAGCUCAGCAGCAGGAUAUCCAUAGGAAAUCAGAACACAGACGACAGACUUAUCCUUGAGACUGCAUUCAGGCAAUUCAAAAGAUAUAAAGUGGAGAUUUCAACUGCAAUAAAAAAGCCAUUUCCUUUCUUUGAGGGUCUUCGUGACCGUGGGCUCAUCACCAAUAAAAUGUAUGAAGACUGUCAAGAUUCUUGUAGAAACCUGGUCCCUGUAUCGAGAGUGGUUUACAAUGUUCUCAGUCAGUUGGAGAAGACAUUUGACUUGCCGCUUCUGGAAGCUGUGUUCAGUGAGGUCAACCGGCAGGAAUAUCCUGAUUUAAAUCACAUUUAUGAAAGCUUUGUAAAAGCAAUCCAGAAGAAAAUUAAUCAUGAAGAAAGCAAUGAAGAAGAGACGGAGGAGAGGCCUACUCUCCCACUAAGCCUUGAGCAAGGUAUGACCUCACCUGAAAAUGCACUCUUGGAUCACCUCUGUGAAACAGAACAGAUAAAUGCAACGAGGCAAGAUACAACCAGUGACCCAAUCGAUGCGCUAGAAAGCCAACAAGCAAAUGAACAAUGUGCCCAAGAGUCUGAACCAGCAGAGUCCUGCGAACAAGUACCUAUCCAAUCAAAUAAUGGUGAUGCAAGAAAAGAGACACCCAGCCCAUUGCCUUAUGAGGAAGAAAAAGCAACGCUACCCAACCAUGGAUUUCAAAUGAAUUCCUGUUCUGUCCUUCUAGUGGAUAUAAAGAAGGAAAAGCCAUUUUUUAACCCCGAAGUUGAAUGGCAAACCCAGGCAAGGACUGACUGUAACCAGGCACCUGAUGUAAUAGUGAUCAGCAGUGAGGACUCCGCAGAAUCCAGUGAUGGAGACAUGUCCCCAGAACCCUCCACAUCAGCACUGAGAAAGGCGUCUGAUCCUUGGGAUAUUGAAAACACAUCAGUUUGCUGCAUAAGCAACAGGAAAAGACGGAUCAGCAGUGGUGACACUUCAGAAUUGAGUAACGAAGAUGAGCCUCAGGAAACGUCUAGCUCACUCCUGAGAAAUGGGUCAGAUACCACGGAUAUUGGAAGCAAUUCUACUUCGGGAAAACACAGUGAGAAAAGAAGUCCAAGAAUUCCCAAAGAAACAAAUAUGGAUUUUCGGCUUCCUGAACUUCCUGUGACUUGUGGUGAGGCGAAGGGGAUUUUAUACAAGAAGAAAAUGGAAAAAGGCACCUCGGAGAAGUGUAUACGGGAUGCACAUGGAAAUUGGUUCACCCUCAGGGAAUUUGAAAUUGAAGGAAACCACGGAGCGUCCAAGAACUGGAAGCAGAGUGUGCGCUGCGGGGGAUGGCCCCUGAAAACCUUGAUUCAGGACGAUUUUCUACGAGACCCACCAAGAAAAAGAAAAAAGCCAGAAAACUCAAAUGAAUGCGAGGUAUGCCGUGGAAAGACCACGCUGUUCUCCUGUAAUACUUGUUCGAGGUUCUUUCAUGAGAAAUGCCACAUCCCACCUAAAGAUGCUGACAGGAACCCAUGGAGCUGCACUUUCUGCAAGAUAAAGGAUCUUCAGGAAAGGUGCCCAGAAAGCCAACCAUGUCAUCAGCAAUCUGAGGUCCUGAAGAAGCUGAUGCUGAGUAAAGAGAAGUUAAAGUGUGAGUUCCUCCUCUUAAAGGUCUAUUGCUCUCCAAAAAGCUCUUUUUUUGCCUCAGAACCAUAUUAUACAUCUCAAGGCCUGGAGAAGCCCAUGUGGUUAAACAAAAUCAAGAAAAAUCUGACGAUGAACAUAUAUCACCGAGUACGGGAGUUUGUGCGGGACAUGCGUCUCAUCUUCCAGAACCACAGGGCGUUUUACAAGAACAAUAAAUUCAUCAAUCUGGGGCUUCAGCUAGAAGCUGAAUUUGAGAGUGACUUCAAAAACGUUUUUGGCAUCCAGGAAAUAAGUACAAACAGCAGUCGGUUUGAGCUGAUCUUUUAAAUGUAGCCUGUUUCUAGUUCCCCCUUCAGAGUCUCCACUGCUACAUGAUGUUGUGCCUGUGGCCCCACUGACCAACUUCCUGUUGCUGUGUGAAUAACACACUUCUUUUUCAAACUUUUUUUUACUGACAUUCCUGCUUAUUUACUUUUCUAAAUAAAAAUCUUAAACUUCA